AUGUUUUCAGCAGCAGAGCCGCAAUCCUCUGGGAAUGCCUUUUCUCAACGAUUAACGAAACCACGAACAAAGCACAAUUCUAGCUGUCUCGGCAAAGCUGAAACAAGCUCUACCAACACCACCCCUAUCAACACCACAAAUGAUUACGCCGAAGACGCCAGAGUUUCAUUCUCCAACGAUUCACCUCUUAGCAUCACUGGAUCUGCAUCUUUCCGGAAUUCCGAGUCGCCCUCCAGGUCAGCUACCAAUUCACCUCAUGAAGCCGUCAGAUCGAGGAAAGCUUCGAACAUUCCGAUGAACACCUCAAAGCGCCAUACUUUUGCUGCAGACAAUUCCGAUGUCGACGUUGCUGCCGCUAUCGCUCUGCUGCAAGAGCUGAAGAAGCGAGCAUCCCCUGAGGAUCUGAUCCUUCUGCACAAGGCCUUGCUACCGACCAAAAAUGUUGAGCGCACGAUUGCUCCCUCCAAGUCGGAAACCAAGGAUUAUGAAGAACCCAUCUCUCCUCUGAUCAGAAGAAGUUCGUUGCUCCCAGCUGGCGUCAAGACUCGUCUUUCUCGCGAGCUUUUGCGAAACUACUCAGAGAACAACGUUACAGUCCGCUCGGCGUCGGUUUCCAGACAGCACGCUGCUGUCGAGUCCCCCAGGCUUGACGUGCCGCUCGACUUCGAAGCCCUGGAUCUUGCUGAAGGGAGCAUUGAGACCCAAGGAGGGCGCCCGACUACACCAUCCGACUUCUAUCCUCAGAUCGGCACAUACAAAAUGGGAUCUCUGCGCAUCACUAAUGGGGCUGCCUCGCCAGAGCCAGCUCGUCUCCUCAAACGAGUAGAGCAAGCAGGCAAUCAGCAGAAGCCUUCGGUAUCAGAGUCGUUAUCUGGCGAAGGCUUCAUUACGGCUGAUGGAGGAGAACACAAUUCUGAAUCCGUUCGCCCGAGUCGUGCUACAAUUGUUUCCCUACGAGCACCACGAAGAAGCUCAGAAGAACAGGACAGAAAGUUCUCGUCUGAUUCUCGUGCUAGAUCAAAGAGUAGAGGCCCUCCUGUUCGUCACAAUGUCGUAGUUGAGGCGAAUAGCUCUGCUCGUCAGACAGGUCGUCCUCAAACCUCACAACGUGCUUCCGAAUACGCUCAGGAAUAUGUGUCCGAGUUCGACGCACUCGACAACCCACACGUGAACAACCCGGCAUUGACGACUACUGUCUCACGCCUAAGCACAGUCCACGAUGAGUCUCCAGUUGAGGGUGGCAUCGACGCUCGCGAGGAGGCCUUGAGACAACUUACAGGCGAUGCACUUCCAGCGAACGAUCGCACCAGAAAGCCACAGACGCAGAAGCAUCUCAAUGUGGCCCGUCCUCCUAUGAAAAAGAGUGAUAGUGGAUACAGCUCUGAGGCUUCGAGGAGAUCGAUUAUCAAGGAAAACAACUGUGACGAUGUCCUCCUCGCCGCUCUCGACGCUGCAGACCAUGCCGAGCGCAACCGUUCUAAGGAAUCUCUCGGAGUCGGCACCAUGAGACCAUCGUUGGAACAGAUCAACGAAGACAAGAUCUCCUCUCCGCGUUCUCCUUACGUUCAGCAGCAGGUAUCAGCUUUGCAGAAAGCAGAGAGACACCGAAGUCUGCCAAGUUUCUUCUUCAAGAAGUCAUCUUCGAGCACCUCUGUCAAUACGAUUGCUAGCACUCCUGUCACUCCAGCGAAACAGAUCAGGAAGCUUCAGAAGUCUCGCCCUCAGUCGCAAAUCAUCACCCCAGAAGAAGUUCAAGAGCCCGAGCCCGCACUACCAGAAGUCGAGCCAGAGUUCGUUCCCGGCGCCCCAGAAGACCUUUCUGUCAACUUCUCUCGUCCUACUCGCAAGUUGGAAUGUGGUUCUUCUCCAUCUCCUCAGACUCAAGAAGAAGAUGAACGAGAUGCUCGCGGAAGAGGCCGCAGCCGCAGGGGUGUCACUUCGCAAAGUGCGGUUGCUGAGAGCCCACUUGACGAAACCACCAGGAAGAGGAGCAGGAGUUUCUUCCGUUUCCGCAGUCGCAGCAGAAGCAAGAGCCAGCACCGUCGUGAGGAGGACGUAACCGUCCUCUCCGUCGCUGAUGAGCCUCUUCCUACACACGACUUUUCCGAUUUCGGCACAGUAGCACAAUCUCUCGGCCAAUCGCCUUAUGAUAUUGCCACUAGAGGAGUCAAACAGAUGGGGGCAUACGAUCCGUCUAAGCCUUGGUUCCACCCUCAUGAGAUCAGUCGUGCCGCUCCCAAACCUGACCUCGGCUCGGAGAUGCAACAGAGCCGUGAAAAGUCUGUUGAUCGUAGCCGACAGGACAGGGCACGCAGCCAGAGUCGUCCCCGCGAGUCAAUCGAUGCAGUCGUGUCCAGCUCGAGGCCACCAACAAGAGGCAAGUCCAGAAGAUCACAAAGUGCCCACAAUAUUGCCGUCCCACGAGUGCCCGAGGCAGUACCCGAGCUUCCGAAGCAGACCGAGAGGAUGUCUGGCACCUUCUCUCGCCCUGCUUCGAAGGACGGCACUGUCAGAGUCGGUACCGUUGACUUUGGCACUGGCUUCGCCCAGGGUCGUCUGGAGCCCAUCCUUACCAACUUGGAGAAAGCGAAGACGAGACGUCGUACUCAGUCCGUCGCUCCACGAGCACGUCCCAGAAGUACUGUAAUUCCCGAAGAGGCAAUGCCUCAGCCUGAGACACAACAACCAGCCCAAAAGCUCUCUCGCGACGCACGUCAGACUCCAGUNACACGAGCUACCUCAGGUACCUACCGAGAAGCGCGCGCAACCUUGCCGCUUGAGCUGCUCGAGACACCUUCAAGAGCGCUUCCAAAGGUACCCAGACAUAGGAAGCAACCCACCGACGCGCACCCUGCGCUCUCUGUGUCUACACUCAAGGAAUCAAUGUCUGUACCCCGUACGCCUGCCUCACCACUGACCCCUAACAGUGGAUCAUCAUGGGAGAGUCAAGCACUGGCGUGGCGUGAACGUAAACAAAGCCUAAACGAGAUGCUUUCGUCUCCCACAACAGAGAGAAAGGCGCUUCUUUCGUCUACGCCUGCUUCGCCGGCCAUUCAAGCCUAUUCACCCACAAUGCAAGCUCCCCGACGUGCACCAACUGUCGUUGUGUCUCGCUACAUCACACCACAAGGCUCUGAGUUUGCCAUGCACUUGGAUGAGGAAGGUCCUUAUAGGGAGCUCCACUCCGAAAGGAAGCAUCAUUCCGAGGAUUCCUACAGGAAGCUUCACGCUGACAACCCUACGGACCUACGUCCCGCUCAGGAGGAUGUCGAACGCACCGAUUCUAGCUCAACCUACCGCACCGCGAACUCGGAGAGAUCCCAAGACUCGUUCGCUUCAAAGGACAGCGCAAAGUACCGCACCCACCGUCCUGUCGAGAACACCACCCCAGAGAAGACAUCUGCUACCACAACACCUAAGAGCAACAGCACGCAGAAGAGAUCAAGCCGUGUGGCCGAGCAGCUUCCGCCUCGACCUCAGCGUCGCUCUACUGCACUUCCAGAGAGUCAUGACGUGUCCUUUGACCGAUUCAGUGGAGGCCUGGGAUACGGUUGGGAGCGUGGUGUUGGCUUUGGCGGUAGCGCGGGCACGAGACAGAAGAAUGACACCAAGGCUGCCAGGAAGAGUGUGGCUAUCAGCCAGAACUUUGGUGUUGAUCUGAGCGACGUGCCUGUUUUCAUGGUUAGGAACUAG